UCUCAAUAUCGCCAUUGAAAAGGAAAAGGAAAAGGAAGAAGAAGAAAGAAGGAAGAAGAAGAAGGAAGAAAGGCGCAUAACCCAAAUACGACAGCUAGUAUUCGGCGCUAUCUGUAAGCUACUUCACGACGAUUCUUCAAAGGGUGUAGAAGAAGGAGAGCGGCAGCUACCAGCAAAUACUUCCUUGGAUUCAUUCAUUCAUUCAUUGAUUGCUUGCUUGCUUUGCCUGGGUGAGUUUGCACCUAGGAACACUGAUUUGUAUAUCAUCGUACAAUUGCACAGAGGAAUAUAUAGGUGGCUGAAUUUGAACUUAUUUAUUCUUUAGCCUAGAGGGUCAUCACUCAUCAGCCUUGGCUACAACGAGCACAAUUGAGCACUUUCGGAUCAUCUGAGGUGUAGCUGAGAUACUAAACAGAUCCAGCCACAUUGCGUGUGCUCUUACAUGCGCGUUGUCCUUGUUUCAUAUUUUUGAGAGUUCCUGAGGAGACAUGGAACUCAGGAUUCUAUCAGAAAUACUAACUGAAACAAGGGGUGGAGGAGAAUCGUUGGCAGCAACCAUUAAGAUUGCGGUUUUACCUAUAGCGAAAGUCUUUACCAUUUGCUUCUUGGGAUUUCUUUUGGCAUAUUUCAAAAUCCUUCCUGCAAAUGGGAGGAAGCUUCUCAAUGGGUUGGUGUUUUCACUUUUGCUUCCUUGUUUGAUAUUUUCCCAACUUGGGCAAGCUAUCAGUCUUGAGAAAAUGUCACAAUGGUGGUUCAUUCCUUUCAAUGUUGUUCUAGCUACUAUAUCGGGAUCAUUCAUUGGCUUAAUUGUUGCUUCACUUGUUCGUCCACCUUAUCCAUUCUUUAAGUUUACCAUCAUAGAAAUUGGGAUUGGAAAUAUCGGAAACGUUCCUCUUGUGCUAAUUUCUGCUUUAUGUCGGGAUAAAUCUAACCCAUUUGGUGACUCAGAGAAGUGUGCUCGUGAUGGAAACGCAUAUAUUUCAUUUGGCCAAUGGGUUGGUGCAAUUAUCCUCUACACUUAUGUUUUUCAUAUGCUCGCACCUCCUCCUGAAGGCACCUUCGACAUCGAGGAAAAAGAUCUUCCCAUUAAAUUCUCUAUUAAAGAUAAUUCUCAGAAGAACAGUGGCCCUAAGGAUACAAGUUCCCCGGAGCAAGUUCCCUUGCUCUCCCACGUAGCAUCAGAAAAUUUGGAUACUCCAGCUAAAGGAAAGAUCAAAGGCUUCUUGAUUUUUGUCUACGAGAAGCUCAAGCUCAAGCAAGUCUUUCAACCCCCUAUUAUCGCUUCUAUCUUAGCCAUGGUCAUUGGCUGUGUACCGUUCUUGAAGAAUCUGAUUUUUACAACUGAUGCUCCUCUUUACUUUUUCACCGAUAGCUGCACAAUUCUUGGGGGAGCUAUGAUUCCGUGCAUUCUUUUGGCAUUAGGUGGAAACCUCAUAGAUGGACCUGGCAGUUCAAAGCUUGGUAUUCGGACAACAGCAGCCAUUAUUUUUGGGCGGUUAAUCUUGGUUCCUCCUGUUGGUCUGGGAAUUGUUAUGACGGCUGACAAGCUUGGUUUUCUUCCUCCUGGUGAUAAGAUGUUCAGAUUUAUUCUUCUCCUCCAACAUACAAUGCCCACAUCCGUUCUUUCAGGUGCUGUGGCCAACUUAAGAGGGUGUGGUAGGGAGGCAGCAGCGGUUUUGUUUUGGGUUCAUAUUUUUGCAGUAUUCUCAAUGGCAGGAUGGAUCAUCCUCUAUCUCCACAUACUAUUUUGACCUACAAAUGAAUCUGGCCAUUCCUUGAAAAUAUUUCUAUAAUUGUGAUGUGCAUAUCUCUUCUUGUUAAAAGCUCUGAUUUUGCAGAGGGGAUGAGCCACACACACAUUUUACUCUCUAUAGUGAAAAGUGAAAACCCCUCAGUUGCAAGAUCUGUCUAAAGGCAAAAGACAAAUUGGUAGGUCUUACCAUUUGUUAUUUAUUAUUAUUAUUAUUAUUAUUAUUCUAAAAACAAUAUUGAU